AUGUAUUUAAAUCAUGUAUUUAUUAAGACAUGUCUUUACAGUGGGAGGUGUCUUGUCUCUGUGGACCAGCAGCCGUCCCCCUGUCCUGAGUGUCAGGACAUCCCAAUUGAUCCAGUCUCUUCCAGCUGUGGGCAUUCCUCCUGUUCUCAAAGUGGGCAAACAAACAGGGCAGCACCUGGACCUCAGACAUCCAGGCAGACCAGCACUGAACAAAGUAAGACAGCACACACAGUAAGACCGUUCUGUCAACCACUCUGAAACACAACCUGUUAAAUGAACAAAGUGACAUCUUCAUGUGUGAGGUUCAUACAGUGGUCUGAUAUCAAGUUAUUUGAUGUAUCAAACUCCUGUUCUCUGGGAUCAGAAAGCCCAUAAAGUGACAUCAUGACAUUUCCUAAGCCAUUAGGAAGCACUGUAACUGGGCUGAAAUAUCACUGGACGAUUGAUGUCAGGCCUUGACCUCAUUAUAGCUGAUGAGUUUGAGGACACGCCACAGCUGGACCCUCUCAUUGUUGAUUAGGACCCCAUGAGAUUUUAAUCAUCCUGGUCUCCUCUACCUGUAAACCUACUUGAGAGCAGAUCAGGUGAUCUGCCCUCAGACUUUUAAAGGUCUUGGGUAGCUGGAGGUAUGUAGCAAAAAAUGAUCUUUCCAAGCCAAACUGCUGAGGGGCUCCAGUGAGCCAAAUAAAUAACACUUUUUUCGUCAGUCUCACAAUCCUUAUACCCUCACUCUAGAACAUGAUCUCAAGGGACUUGAACUUCUUCGCUUGGUGCAGAGACUCAUUUCCUACUCAAAGAGAGCAAUCCAUCAAGUCCUGACUGAGAGUCAUGGCCUCAGAUUUAGAGGUACUGAUCCCCAUCCCAGGCACUUCACACUUGGCAGAAAACAAUCUUAGUGCCCACUGGAGAUCCCGGCCUGGAUAUGCCAACAGAACCACAUUAUCUGCAAAGAGCAGACAUGGUAUUCUGAAGGCUUCCAAACUGUAGACCCCCUUUCGGCUGUGCCUUGAGAUCCAGUCCAUGAGAAUCACAGACUGAAUUGGCGAAAAGGGAUUAUCUUGGCACAGUUAAAGGAACCAGUCUGCACAGCCAGGGAUCUGCAAACCUAGGUCAACUACCUUGAAUUUACCUACCUUGAAUUUACAACUAACUUGAAUACCUACUAUUGAAUUUCCCUUCAGGGAUCAAUAAAGUUCUUCUUAAAUUGAUCAUUGCCCAGGCUUCUCAGCACCCACAUAUCUAAGCCUGUGGGUGCUGAGCUCGCAGGGUGGUAAUGCACAGCACUUGAUUCUUAUUUAGGCUGUAUUUAAUGUCUUACAAUUUUAUCAUUUAUAAUUAGAUGUUACACUGCAAAUCACUACAGUUACUGAACUGAGAUAAUGUAUCUGAAACCAAGGUGGCAAACUUCUCAUCACAUUCUUCUAAGUGCUCGGAAUUGAAUUAUUUGAAAUGUUACCGUGUGUUCUCAACGCACAUCAUUCUGACUGAUGGUAAAAUUAUCCAGUAUGUUGUCUGAGAUUUUAUGACCUUUUCUGGUAUCUUAAAACCAGAUUUGGAUGAAGGGGCCCAAUCUUUCAUGUUAAAAGCCCACAAAGAUAUGAGCUGUCUCCAAUGGGGUUAGGAAACUAGAAUUUAAGAGAAGCUGUGUGAGUUGCCAGAGGAUUGCAGAGUAUAAAUACUUAAAGAUUAUCUGAUUUCCAACAAUAAAGUGACCCAGAUUAGUCUUUACUUGCCCGACCUAUAAAAAAGUCUCAACCACUCAGGUGCAGGUGGGUCUGCUCUGCUGUCAGUCAAAUACAGACACUGUUACAAGCCCCUCUUCUUCAUGGUUUCUCUAUAUCUCUCUAGCUUGACUGACAUUUUAAAUUUGACUGACACUCACUUGUUUUUUUCUUAUUCAAGGUGGUCUGAAGGAGGUUUUAUCUGAACAUAAGAUCAGUCUGAGAAGGAGAUGUGAAUAUGUGACUGAGGGAAUUGAUGGAGCAGGAAGUAAGACUUGUCUCAACACGAUCUACACUGAGCUCUACAUCACAGAAGGACUGAGUGAAGAGGUGAAUACUCAACAUGAGGUGAGACAGCUGGAGACAGCCUUAAAGACGAAGACCCUCCCUGAUGCUGUAAUCAGAUGCCAGGACAUCUUUAAAGCCUUACCUGGUCAACAGAAACACAUCAGAGUGGUCCUGACGAAUGGCGUGGCUGGAGUAGGAAAAACCUUCUCAGUGCAGAAGUUCACUCUGGAUUGGGCUGAAGGCUUAGAGAACCAGGACAUCAAUCUGCUGGUUCUGCUGUCAUUCAGGGAGCUGAAUUUGGUCAGAGAUCAUCAGUACAGUCUUCUUAGUCUGCUCCAUGUUUUCCAUCCAACAUUAGAGAAGGUCACAGCAGAGAUGCUCGCUGUCUGUAAACUUCUGUUCAUCUUUGAUGGCCUGGACGAGAGCAGGCUGUCUCUAGAUUUCAAAAACACUGGGGUUGUUUCUAACGUCACACAGAGAUCAUCAAUAAACAUGUUGUUAACAAACCUCAUUAAGGGGAAUUUGCUGCCAUCCGCUUUCAUCUGGAUAACUACACGACCCGCGGCAGCCAAUCAGAUCCCUCUUGUAUGUGUGGACAGGGUAACAGAGGUACGAGGCUUCACUGAUGCCCAAAAGGAAGUGUACUUCAGGACGAGGCUCAGGAACGAAGACCUGUCCAGCAGAAUCAUUUUACACAUCAAGAAGUCAAGGAGCCUCCACAUCAUGUGUCUUAUCCCUGUCUUCUGCUGGAUCUCUGCAACCGUCCUAGGAGACAUGAUGAGCUCAGAGCAGGGAGGAGAGCUGCCAGAGACCCUGACUGACAUGUACUCAUGUUUCUUGCUGGUUCAGAUAAAGAUGAAGAAGCAGAAGUAUGGUAAGGGAUAUCAGACCAGUCCUCAGGAGCUGAUGGAGGAUGACAGGAAAGUCCUUCUGAAGCUGGGCAAGCUGGCAUUUGAACAUCUGGAGAAAGGAAACAUCAUGUUCUACCAAGAAGACCUGGAGCAGUGUGGUCUGGAUGUCACAGUGGCCUCAGUCUACUCUGGAGUUUGUACAGAGAUCUUCAAAAGAGAAAGUGUGAUCUUCCAGAAAACAGUCUACUGCUUUGUUCAUUUGAGCAUCCAGGAGUUUCUGGCGGCAGUCUACAUCUUCUACUGUUUCACAGACGGGAACACAACAGUACUGGAGGGUCUCCUGGGGGGGAAAAAUGAAGACUUUACCAUGAAUUCUCUCCUACAUGGAGUAUUGCUGAAAUCCCUGAGAAGUAAAAAUGGCCAUCUUGACCUGUUUGUUCGCUUCCUUCAUGGACUAUCUUUGGAGUCAAAUCAGAGACUGUUAGGAGGCCUGCUGGGUCCCAUAGACAACAGUCCUGAAAGGAUCUCGUUAGUUAUUAAAAACCUGAAGGAGAUGAAGACCAGAACCUCUCCAGACAGAAACAUCAACAUUUUCCACUGUCUAACAGAGAUGAAGGAUGUCUCAGUGCAUCAGGAGGUCAAGGAGUUCCUAAAGUCAGGGAAAAGAUCACAAAAGAAACUCUCUGUGAUCCACUGCUCUGCUCUGGCCCAUAUGCUGCAGAUGUCGGAGGAGACUUUAGAUGAUUUAGAUCUAGAGAAGUACAACACAUCAAAGGAGGGACAACGGAGGCUAAUUCCAGCUAUAAGGAACUGCAGGACAGCAAAGUAAGUCCAGGGCGCACCUUUAUCAUCUGAAUAUCUGAAUAUUUUGAUCAUGUAGCAUUACAGGUAUUCAGUUUUUCCAAAGAUGACUAGGCCAUGGUAAACUUUGGAAACUUCUAACCCAGAAGGUAAACAGAAACUGUCCCUUUUCUUGGAACAAACUUAUCUUUGUAACUUUUGUUUUAUCACAGACUUUCGAGGUGUGAACUCUGUCAGGCUGACUGGGAAGUAAUCGUCUCCGCUCUGAAGUCCAAACUCUCCCCUCUAAGAGAGCUGGACUUGAAAGGAAACAAGCUGCAGACGCUAGGAGUGAAACUGCUGUCUUCUGGACUGGAGAGCCCAAACUGCAGACUACAGACUCUCAGGUAUGUUUUGAUAUUGCUUUAAUAGCGAUUUUUAAAAAAGCCUCGUUUUUCUCAGUCUGGUGUGAUAAAAUACCAUUAUUUCAGCCUGCAUAUAAAGUAAAAAGCGUCACAUUAAAUCGUACGUGUGAGCUAUACACAUAUCAGAUUCAAGAAUAAUUUUAAUAACUUGUAUACACUCUUUAUUCAGACUAAGCUACUGCUGUUUGUCGGAGCUCAGCUGUGCUACUCUGACCUCAGCCCUCAAGUCCAACCCCUCUCAUCUAAGAGAGCUGGACCUGAGUGAAAACCAAGACCUGCAGGAUUCGGGAGUAAAGCUGCUGUCUGGAUAUCUACAGAGCCCAAACUGCAGACUGCAAACUCUGAGGUUAGACUCUCUUUUAACCCUCUGCUGAGAAAUUAAAAAGUUAUUUUUACUUUUAGAGUUUAAAACUGCAACACGACAAUCCAGCAAUAAGAUGUAACAAGCCUGCAUCCUGCUUUAUUCAUUUGUAAAGAUUUUCCUUUUAUUUGGUUUUGAUUAACGACCUCAAGGUUUGAUCUGAACAAUCGGCACUGUGUUGCUUUAAUGACAAUAUCAAACCUUUAUAAUUGAUUGAAAUUUUCAGAUUAUGUGGCUGCAGUUUGUCAGAGAUCAGCUGUGCUUCUCUGGCCUCAGCUUUGAAGUCAAACCCCUCCCAUCUCAGAGAGCUGGACCUGAGUGACAACCAUAAACUGCAGGAUUCAGGAGUGAAUCAGCUGUCUGAAUAUCUGCAGAGUCCAAACUGCAGACUACAGACUCUAAAGUAAGAAAUCCAACUUUCUCACUGAUGUAAAGAAUACACUUUUUCUGUUUAAUUUUUUGGGCAGGAAAAUGUUGAGUUUUUUCAGACACCUAGUUAUAGACAAAACCUCCCAAUUUAACUUAGAUAAAAUCAUGUUAAUGAGAAACAAAGAGUGGGGUAAGUUGAGCCACCCCCUGUUGCUUGGAAAAAGUAAAAGAUAUUGAUCAUGUGACCAAAUAUUUUGGAGAUGGGCAUCAAUUCAUGGAGUCUGUGAAGGUUUGAAGCACAUGAGUGAACGGGUUAGACAUUUAUUUACAAAAGAACAUUUUUCACUCUUGAAAGUGAAUUUAGUCUGUCAUAAGUUUUAUUAGAAUUGUGUUCCGACCAAAAAAGAUCAUUUUAAAUUUGUUUCAUACAUCAAUGGUGGUAUCUAUGAGCUACAACAGGAGGUCAAAAACCUAACAUAAAAGUCCACCAUUUUAGCUUAGAGGAGCUGAGUCAGUGUCUCAUCUGAAAACGUAAAGCAGUCUGAUGAGAGGAUCAGAGUUUCAGUUCAGAUUGUUGAAAUGUGUUACUUUUUCUUUUCAAAAAUACAGCUGUGAAUGUUCUGAAUCACUUAAAGACAUUCUCGUGUUAAAAUGUCUUUUUACAAAACAGCUUUUUAGCAGUUAUAUGUAAUAAUAAUAAAAAGAAUUAUUGUACCAGUUGAAUAGUGUAUAAUAGAUAAAAAUACACAUGAAUGUGAAGAAGUGACUGUUAUUUAGGGAGAGAGAAGGUGAGCGAGGGCUGGGGUGGAGAGUGGGGGGGUUGUAGGGAUACGGCUCAACUUACCCCGCUCCCAUGGUCAACUUACCCCUGAAAAAUGGGUCACCUGACCCUAACCCCCCUCUAAAUCCUGUCAAUUUUCCUUGUCUCAUCCAGUUUCAAUCAGGGGUGUUUUACUGACUAAACUUGAUUCAGCUACAAUAUAUAUAUAUAUAUAUAUAAAAUAUCGGUGCAAAAUGUUGAUGAAAAAUUCAGACUGCUAAAUUUUGCUUUCGUUUACAGACUGCGUGGCUGCAGUUUGUCAGAGAUCAGCUGUGCUUCUCUGGCCUCAGCUUUGAAGUCAAACACCUCCUAUCUCAGAGAGCUGGACCUGAGUAACAACUAUAAUCUGCAGGAUUCAGGAGUGAAUCAGCUGUCUGAAUAUCUACAGAGUCCAAAGUGCAGACUACAGACUCUAAAGUAAGAAAUCCAACUUUUUCACUGAUGUAAAGUAUACACUUUUUCUGUGUAAUUUUUUGGGCAGAAAAAUGUUGAGCGUUUUUCAGAAAACCUAGUUAUGGACAAAACCUCUUUAUUUGACUAAUAUAAAAGCAUGUUAAUGAGAAACAAAUACGAUCUGUCAGUUUUCUUUUUCUCACCCUGUUUCAAUCAGGGGUGUUUUACCGACUAAACUUGAUUCAGCUACAAAAAAUUAUAAAAAUAUCACUGCAAGGUGUUGAUGAAAAAUUCAGACUGCUAUAUUUUGCUUUCAUUUACAGACUACAUGGCUGCAGUUUUUCCAAGAUCAGCUUUGCUUCUCUGGUCACAGCUUUAAAGUCAAACCCCUCCCAUCUCAGAGAGCUGGACCUAAGUUACAACUAUGAACUGGGGGAUCCAGGAGUGAAUCUGCUGUCUGAUCAUUGGCCGAGUCAAUACCGCAGACUGUGGACAGGGAGGUUAGAGUUUCAGUUUCUCCCUUACAAUCUAUUCAAAAGUUCAUGUCCAUUUUUGUUGUCAGAAAAAUUGCAGGCCUUUGCUUUGCACUUUAACAUAAGUGGAGAAAAACUUAUUGGACUUUAUUUAAUUGUCAACAUGUGGAUAAGUAAGACAGUUGUUGAGUAGUUUUUGUUCCUCAGCCUGUGUCCUGUUUUCAUCAGGUUUCAAGCCUUCAUUUUACAGUUUUUGCAUCCACAAAAUUUAUUCAGAUUUAAUCAAUACAAUCCUAAGAGAUAAAAACACGAAGUGUUGUCAAACUGAGACAUAAUUUAUUUGCUUUUCAGCUUGACUGACUGCUGUUUGCCAGAGAUCAGCUGCACUUCCCCGACCUCAGCUCCUAAGUCUAACCCCUUUCAUCCUAAAGACCUGGACCUGGGUGAAAAUCAAGACCUGCAGGAUUCAGGGGUGAAGCUGCUGUCUGAAUAUCUGCAGAGUCCAAACUGCAGACUGCAGACUUUGAGGUUAGACUCUCCUCUUGCGCUCUGAUGAAUAAUGAUAAAACAAAAAAUACAGUCAUUAUGUUUGUGUCAUUAUCUCUGUCAAGAAUUAAUAUCACUUCCAAAACAUGAGAAUAUUGAGAACCCCUCAGUAGAUUUUAAAAUAGCCCACCCAUCCCUCAAGCACCUUGAUUAUCUUAUCAACAACAAAACAAAGAAUUCUCAGUGGGUAAGGCAAUCUGAACGUAGCCCUACCUAACCAAUAAUGCACCAAAAAAUAUGAUAUUUAUGGAAUAAAAUAUUUAAGAUCAUAUAACAAUACCACCUAUGAAUAUGACAGGGACACCACCCUCUUAUUAACCGAAGGGAUAGAAUAUAUCUUAAUAGUUAUAUAACAGAUCUUAUCACUGGAGUUGCAGAAUCCUCCGUGAGAGAUCUGUUCAAUAGAAAACUCCAGCUUUAUGUGAAUAUGACAGUUAAAUGAUUCAACACUAAGUGGAAGAAUGACAAGUGACAGUGGCUAAAGCAAUAUCACAAAUGAAUGAUUUAAAGACAGUCACACUCACACGCAGUUCCUCUGUAGGGGUUCAGACUGGCAGCUUGUUGCUCAGCAGAUGACUCUGAGUUAGGCAAGGUUUCUGGUCUAAUUUUUUACCUCAAUAGUAUGUCCUGUUGAUACAGGAUGUCAGGCUGGCUGCUUGGUUGAUAAAAGGAGAAUGCAAUAAUUGAGUUCAACAAAAGAAAUUCAAAGUUGAGGCAUGAUGCAAAGAAAAGUAUUUUCAUGUUUAAAACUGGAGAGAGGCAAGUUUAAGAAAGGGGAGAUCUGAUGCCAAGCAUUGGAGAUAAGAUUAAGACUAAUGUCCUGGUGGGAAACCCACUUUUAUCUUUUUUUCGGUCUCUGUCUUUCAGGACAGGUGUGGUCUGAUUUAGGCAUGCAGACCUUCCCUGAAGAUUAGAGAAAGCUGAUUGCAUUCCUUAUGUAAGGACAGAUAUUUUAAACCAUGCAAAAGAAAAAUUCACCAUCCUACAAUGAGAUCUUGGAUUCUGUUAUAAAGAAAAACGAUUAAGACCCAGAGCACAGACACAAACUGAGACAAAUUUGGAGAUUGAAAACAGUUUUUAAUGAAUUCAUUAGUUUUGCUGAAAGGAUUCUGGCACUGAGAGCUUUGAUGUCAGAGGUUCACGAGGGUGUGUGUUCAGAGUUGUCAAGAGUCCUUCGGAUCAGGCUGGCUGGUCUGAGGUCCUAGAGCUGGGAGUUCGAUUCUGGUUAGCUGAUCACACUGAGAUUUUGUGUGACCUCUGUGUGACGAUCUGGAUAGAAGUGGACAACAGAGACAUGCUUUGUCCCUGCAGAGAGGGCAGCCAGCUCAAUCCCUGAUGAGCUGCAGGUGACGCUCUCAAUUGUACCAAGGAGAGUUGAUCCAGGCCCGGGUCACACACACACACACACACACACACACACACACACACACACACACAAAGAAUAAGCACAUCCUUACACACAGAGAAAAACACACUAUGGCAAAGGAUUUGUACCAGAGUGCACACACACACACAUGUGCUCGUGUGAUUAUUUCAUUAAAGUUCUGUGUGUACAGGUUUCUUUCACAAUGCUUUUUAUAAAAUUGAGAUGCAUAUGUUGUUUAUUCAUUUAAAUGACAUUUGUCCUUCAGGUUGUAGAUCGUAUAUCUUAUAUCUCAGCAACUUCUCACUCUAAAGCUAAAUAUCACUGUUCAAAUCCCUACAAAAACUUUUCACUCCACAUUAUUGUAUGAUUUUCCAUCAUCCAUCUGAGUGAUAUUCCACUAUCCCUUAAAAAUGGGUAAUAAUAAUAAAUAACAACUUGUUGAGAAUUUAUUUGCUUUUCAGCUUGCGUGGCUGCACUCUCUGUUUGUCACACACAAAGAAUAAGCACAUCCUUUAUUUUCAUUGACAGACUGAGAAACUGCAGUUUGUCAGAGAUCAGCUGUGCUUCUCUGACCUCAGCUUUGAAGUCCAACCCCUCUCAUCUCAGAGAGCUGGACCUAAGUGACAACUAUAAUCUGCAGGAUUCAGGAGUGAAGCUGCUUUCUGAAUAUCUGCAGAGUCCAGGCUGCAGACUGCACUCUCUGAGGUAAAACUACAUACUAACCCUCUGCUUAACAAUACAAUGAGUAAAAUAAUAUUUUCUGUACCUCUCUGAUAAAAGUUGCUUCUCGAUUUUAAAAUUGUAAUUGACAGAAGUUUUUUCAGUUAACCUAUUUUAUAUACACUAAAAUGAUAAAAAGCCAAAAACUGUCCAGGCAUUAAAAUGAUUUUAUUACCCCUUUGUCCUGCUGGUUUGGUAUGCAUUAAUUUUAAAACAUUUUACAUUGAACUUACCAGUACUUUUAACACACAAACACACAAAGAAUAAGCACAUCCUUUAUUUUCAUUGACAGACUGAGAAACUGCAGUUUGUCAAAGGUCAGCUGUGCUUCUCUGACAUCAGCUCUGAAGUCCAACCCCUCCCAUCUCAGAGAGCUGGACCUGGGUGGCAACCAAGACCUGCAGGAUUCAGGAGUAGAGUUGCUGUCUGGAUAUCUACAGUGUCCAAACUGCAGGCUGCACACUCUGAGGUAAAACUACAUACUAACCAUCUGCAGUUAUGUUUACGGUUCUUUUUUGUUUUUUUUCUAGGUCAGUUUUUCAGGUACAGAGAAAUUGUGACAUAUCAUAGAUCCUGUAUUAUUGACUGUUAUUUAAUCUGUGUCCAGGACCCAUAAUUAUAACUCAGAUCAUGAGCUUCAUGAUUAAAGCUCGGCAUUCAAUUAAUAACUGGGACUGAUUUGUUUUUUUCUGAUGUGCAAUAUGGAAAUAUAGGCAACAUCUUACUGUGCUGUCAGCAUCUCCAUGUUCACUCAGAGAUGCUUGUUCAAACAGUUCAAAAUUCAAUACAUUUACAGUAUGUGACAACCUGAAUGAAGUUUUUUCUUUAUUAUUUAAAGCUCAAAUGAAGAAUUAUCUUUCUUUCACAAUGAUUCAGCAAAUUAUUAUAUGAAAAAUAAUGGAUUACACUUAAUAGCACCUUAACAAGGCACUCUGGGUUGUGAUGUGAAGCUCCAACCAAGGCUUUAACUUUUUGUACCUUGACACUUAUGCACCUUCAACCAGAUUAAAGCAGUAACCGCUGUACAGCAAUCUGCAGUAGCCCUGUGUGGACACAUUGUUAAAAAAAACAAAAACAUACCAACGAUGGGAAAGUUUGUACCAGCUUAGUCUGUAUAUGGGAGGUUGAACCAUAGAAAGUACCAGUCUGAUUUAAUGUUUGUAAUAAAUUGAUAUAGUGGUAACAACACCAUGUAAAUAAACUCAUGUACAGAUUUAUAAUUUCUGGGUGACUCAGAGGAGAAAUUGCUGUCCCAUUCAACAAAAGUAAAGUUGGUAAAAAUGUCACCCUAAUAUUUUGUGGCUUUGUUUUUGCAAUAAGGCUGAUUUACACAGAAAAGGAGAGAUGUAAUUUGGUCUAAAUGAAGACAUGAUAAACAAUUAACAUUGAUGCAGACAUCACUGGCAUUAAACCCUUUGUGCUUCAGGAAAAAUGCUUUUUUGGAUGAUAGUGAACCAGACCUUUGUGUAAAAAAUAAACAGCUAUGAUUCUCUGAGACUGAGAGAAUUUGAUAUAAAGGCCUGCCUUAAAUCAAAGCCUGCCUCAAAUAAAAGCCUGGUUCCUGAGGCAGUAAAACAAACAAAAUACCUGGCCUGUAUUUAAGGAUUUACAGUACACUUUUAUAGCCUCAGCUUGAGGAGAAAUCCUUUACCAGACUUAAAUAGAACAACAGUUUUUUCAUGAAAAAGUAAUGGCUAUUUUUAAGGUUAAAAUUAUGUAAUUAUCAUCCAAUAAAUUUUAUUUUGAAUGUUUGAAUUUUUUUAAUGUGUUAUUUUCCUCUGUGUAUUGUAAUGACAAAGAAGGUCAAGUGGUACCAAGACAAAGUUUCUGAGGGACAUUAUCCCCCUUCAUUUUCAGAUUGGCUGAGUGCAGCCUUUCUGAGGCCGGCUGCGCUUCUCUGGCCUCAGCUCUGAAGUCCAACCCCUCCUAUCUGAUCGAGUUGGACCUCAGUAAAAACUACUGGCUGCAAGAUUCUGGAGUGAAGCCAUUGUAUGAUCUAAAGCAGAGUCCAAACUACAGACUGGAAACCUUAAGGUUAGACUCUAUCCUCUCUCUCUAAUAAAUACCAAAAAAUAAUGACAAAAAGUAAUACCAUGACACUAAUGAAGUAAAACAAUUUUUAAAGUAACUGUUUUCACCUAACAAAGCUACUUUAUAUCCACAGACCCUUUCCAAAAAAAUAGAAUAUCAUGGAAUUUUUUUUUUUAUUUCCACAAUUCCAUUCAAAAAAUCAAACUUUCGUAGAUUAUAGAUUCAGGGCCCACUAUUUAAACAAUUUCAAGUAUUUCUUUGUUUAUUUUUUACAUAAUUUGGGCUUCCAGCUCAUAAAACCCACGGAAACAGGAAUUCAAAAAUUUAGAAUACUGUGAAGAAAUCACCAUUUAUGUCUCAGUUUUUUGAAAAAAAAAAAAAAAAGAGAAAUUAGGAUCACAUCAAAUCAAUCAAAAUAUGGUACUUUCAAAAUGAUAUGUCAAUCUUCAAUACUUGGUUGGGAAUCCCUUUGCCUUGAUCACUGCCACCAUGCACUGUGGCAUUGAGGCAAUCAGCCUGUGGCAUUGCCUGGGAGUUAUGGAAGCCAAGAUUUUCUUGAUGCUUGCUGUCAGCUCUUCUUUGUUUUUGGGUCUGGUGUCCCUCAUUUUCCUCUUGAUAAUACUCCAUAGAUUUGCUGGCCAGUCAAGCAGUGUGAUGGCAUGGGCAUCAAACCAGGUUUUGGUGCUUCUGGCGGUAUGGGCAUGGGCCAGGUCCUGCUGGAAGAUGAAAUCUGCAUCUCCAUACAUGAUCCUUAAUGUGGUGGUUUUUGAAGCUGUGACUCCCGCCUCAUUCCACUCUUUCUGUAUCUCUGCAAGAUUCUUGAAUCUUCUCUGUUUGAUAAUCUGCUGAAGCCCACAGUCAGCUCUUUUGCUGGUGCAUCUUCACCUGCCACAUUUUGCCCUUCCACUAGACUUUCCAUUGAUAUGCUUGGACACAGCAAUCUGUGAACAGCCAGCCUCCUUAGCUAUGAACUUUUGUGGCUUACCUAUCCUAUAGAGGGUAUCAAUGAUGGUCUUCUAGCCACUUGUCAAGUCUGCAGUCUUCCCCAUAUUGAACCAAACUGAGACAAUUGAACCAAUCUUAAGCAAUUUAAUGACACCUGGGGAACCCUGUGCAGGUGCCUUGAGUUUAGUAGAUGAUUAAUGUUUGAAAUUCAGUUUAAAACAUUCAAGCCCAAAGUAUGUAAAAAUUAACAAAUAAAUACUUGAAAUUGUUUAAAUUGUGGGCCCUGAAUCUAUAAUCUAUGAAAGUUUAACUUUUUGAAUGGAGUUAUGAAAAUAAAUAAACUUUUAUAUACACAUUUAUAGUGGAUAUAGAUGGAUCAGAGUUGGUGUGAUCCUUAUAGAUGAACCCUAAUGUUACAUUGAUGUUGGGUGGUUGGAUAUGAUCUAAAGGAGUAUGGCAUACACCUGCUCUUUUAAAAGAUGGAUUGAUUGUUCCUCCUCCAACAGCAGACCUUUUGUCAUUUUCAGAUUGAAUCGCUGCAGUUUGUCAGAGGUCAGCUGUACUUCUCUGGCUUCAGUCUUGAAGUCCAACCCUUCCCUUCUUAAAGAGCUUGACCUGAGUAACAAUGAGAAGAAGGAUUCAGGAGAGGAGCUGCUGUGUGAUCUUGUUGGGAGUCAAAGCUGUAUACCACAGGAGUUGAGGUUAGAAUCCCUUUUAACUCUCUUCUGAUCAAUCUAAAAAUGUUGUAUUCUUUUUGGGGCCAUUUUGCAUGAAAGAGCCAUGUUAAGUUUAGUUCAUUUAAUCUUAACAGAACAAGAAAACACUUGAUUUGGCACAUGAUCCCCUAACCACCAGGGAUGCUGGCUUUGAUCUAAACAAACUGGGUGGUCUUUCAUGUAAAGCAAUCCAUAUAUAUCUUUUUCCCUUUUCUGAUGUUGUUUCAUACUUUGAGUGUUUGAGUAUCAGCAUAACCAGUUAUCUAUGAUUCAAUGAAUCAAACAUGAGGAAUGGUGGUGGUGAUAAUGUGUUGUUACUGAGAGGUAGAAGCAAAGAAAUGUGCCAUAUUCUGAUUUCAGCCAGGUAUUUACACACAAUCUCACACGGUGCAUUGCUCUGUGCUGAUUGAGUGCUGCGCUCAGAGCUGGAGAAAGGAAAAGGUGGGAGGCAAGGGGGUGUGCUGCUGUAGUUUAUUUGUUAAAGUAUAUAACUGUAUAUGGUUUUGAUAUUUUUUAAACAUGGACAUACUGUUAAAAAAUCUCUUAAAUCUUGGCAGUGCUUUGAUUCAAUUUUGGGGUGCUUAAAACACCUAUGUUCUUUAGCAUUGCACAACUUUUUACCUGUUUGGUUGUUCCUCUGACAACUUUUUACAAACAUGAAGCUGCCAUCAAAUUUAAUAAAGCAUAUAUUUUUCAUCAAUAUUUUUUUUUUUCAGGGGGAUUCCACGUGUGCUUUAUGGUGUCUUUGCGCUAUUUUUAGCCAAAUACAGACCACAAAUGAUUCUCAUGCCAUCAAAGUUAUAUUUAACAUAAUUUCACUGCAUCCCAUCUCCACUGAUAUCAUUAUUGUGUGAUAGAGGUGUCUGUACACAAUGCCUUUUUGAUUGAUGUGUGAACAGAAGAAGAUAAUUGAUUGGUUUCCAGCAAAAUUUGUAAACUGACAUCAUGGAAUUCUGUUUUCAGAUUGAGUUUUUGCAGUUUAUCUGAGGCCUCCUGUGCUAUUCUGGCCUCAGCUCUGAGGUCUCAUCCCUCGUACACGACAAAGCUGGACUUGAGUUAUAAUAGGCUGCAAGAUGAAGAUUCAAAAGUGAAGCUGCUGUAUGAUUAUCUGAGGGAUCCAAACUGCAGACUGGAAACUCUACGGUCAAUCCCCAUACUAGCUCUAUCUGUCUAUCUGUCCUUCCUACUCUUGCUCUCUUUGUGUAUAUACACACACACGCACGCACAAACACACACACACACACACACACACACACACACACACACACACACACACACACACACACACACACACACACACACACACACACACACACAUAUUGUACAGUAUAUAUAUAGCUAGAUAGAUAUAUGUCCAGUUGACUUCAAUGCAAAGGUUUUCAGCAGUUUUUCACAACUUUCGAUGGUAAAACUUCGUACACAACAGAGAAAAGUUACAGAAAACUGAUCCCAAUCAAACCGCAUGUUUUGAUAUAUAAUUUGUUGUACAACUUUUCAAGCUGUAUGACUAGUAACGAUGUUAAAUUUGUCUAGUAGAGGAAUAAGAAAAAAUUCACAGUAUAACAAUGAUGCAGAGGAACCAGUGCCUUGGAGCCUUUACCAUGUGGCCCUAAUUAAAGAAUUUAGCUGAUUUCCAGACAUUUAUAAUAACAGUUUUAAGUGUGCCCUAUUAAGUUUAGGUGUUGGGUAUUUUGAUAUUUAAAAAUUUUACCCACAACCUAGAAAAAAUUGCCUAACAAUGAUGCUGUUUUUCCUGUUAUCAGACUGAGACACUGCAGUUUGUCAGAGAUCAGCUGUGCUUCUCUGACCUCAGCUCUAAAGUCCAACCCCUCUCAUCUCAGAGAGCUGGACCUGGGUGAAAACUUUAAACUGCAGGAUUCAGGAGUGAAGCUGUUGUCUGAAUAUCUGCAGAGUCUAAACUGCAGACUACAGACUUUGAGGUGAGACUUAACUAACUCUUUGCUGAGCAAGUUAACAUUAUAAUUAUAUUUUUUUGUGUUACAUCUUAUCUUAGAGAAAAUUUGAGCCCAAUUUAAAAAAAAAAAAAAUUUCUAGAAAACCCCUCAUUGGAGUUUUUGAAAUAUCUUUCUUUUUUUUUUUUCAAAUUCAAAGCUGUUUGAAGUUGAAAUGCUUUUACUGUAUGUACCGUGGCUUGCACCCUGUUGUUUAUGUUUCUGUGUUUGAGACAAAACCAAAAGCCUUUGCUCUUCACAGAAAUUAUGAAACAUAAGGUGUCAAGCAAACUUUGAAACACAUAAAAAAUUUGUUUUCAGACUGUGCCAGUGCAGUUUGUCAGAGACCGGCUGUGCCUCUCUGACCUCAUCUCUAAAGUCCAACCCCUCCCAUCUCAGAGAGCUGGACCUAAGUAAGAAUGAACUGCAGGAUUCAGGAGUGAAGCUGCUGUCUGAAUAUCUUUGGAGUCCAAACUGCAGACUUGAGGCUCUGAUGUAAGAGUUCAUCCAACUCUCUGCUACUCAUUAAAAAGUUAUGUUUGUAUUUUCCAGUUUAAGAAUAUAAUGGUUCAAGAAUUCCCUCUGAGAUGACCAUACGAAAAACAGGGUCUUAAUUUUUAAAAAAGCUAAUCAAAGUUCUUAGUAAUUUAACAUUAAUGCUUCACAAGGAUUUUGGUUUUAAUACAUACUAUCUUAAUAUCAUUUGAAUCAUUUCUAUAUUUGAUAACUGAAAAAUUCUCUCUGGGAAAUUUUGAAGGGGCCAAGAGGGCUACUGCCAGGAUGUGUAUAUUAUGUUGGGAUUCUCAGAGAUUUCAAAUAAUGAAUACUAGUAGCAUUGGGAUAUUAUAUACAUGAGCACACCUACAACAAAUAUUCCUUUUUUAAAGUUUUUUAAUUAUAUGAAAAAAAAAAGAAAUGAAACCAGAGCAGUAAUCCCAUUGACUUCAAUGCAAAAAAUUUUUUGCAUUUUUUUGCAAAAAUUUUAAAUACUAUCGAGAAAACUAACAGCACACAGAUCCCAAUCAAACCGCACAUUUUGAUAUAUAAUUUGUCCUAGUUAAAAAAGAUACGUUGAAAAAAAAUACAUAAAUAUAAAAGAUUGUAACAAACAUCAUUAUCUUCAAUUUAGACUGAGAUUCUGCGGUUUGUCAGAGAUCAGCUGUGCUUCUCUGGCCUCAGCUCUGAAGUCCAACCCCUCCCACCUCAGACAGCUGGACCUGAGUGGCAACCUUGAGCUGCAGGAUUCAGGAGUGAAGCUGCUGUCUGAAUAUCUGCAAAGUCCAAACUGCAGACUGCACACUUUGAGGUCAGACAAUGUUCCUAUUGUAAAACAAAUAAUGUUUUUUCACUUCUGUGUCAUAUGACAGAGCUCGAGUGAGCUUCACUUUGAUAACCUCAUUACUAAAGUAGACUUAAACUUGGACAUAAUAAAAAUAACAAGACUUGAUUUAGAAAUAAGCUGAUCUUUAAAUUGAAUAAUGAUAUUAUAAGCCUGUGUUGCGAUUAUGUUGUUUUUUAUACGUGUCUUUUUUCAACAUAUUACAUUUUAGUCUCUGCCCUUGGCAAAGAAAUAUGAACAGAAUAAAGAUUCAAGCUUGAUUUCUUUUCUUUUAUUAUUAAGGGUUGCAAAACAAAUCAUGGCAAGUAAAAGACAACACACACACACAAUAUUUACAGACUGUAGAGACAAAAUAAGAAAGAGAUAAGCAAAGUAGGAACUCAUAACAUUUAGAUAUUUUAUGUUUGAAAGUGUUGGAAGGCCGGCAGGGUGAGUUUGGUAAGGACUGGACAUAAUUGUGAAGUCUACUAUGAUGCCUUAUAAACAAUUUAUGAUAAUGGAGAAAACAAAUAAAUAAAAAAAGGGAAGAAGAAAAACAAAAAAAUGUAUACAUGUAGUACAUACAGUCAGACAAGUCAAGCUUGAUAUCAAAGGACAUUGUUAUUUCUAUUUCCAGAAUGAGUCAUUGCUGUUUGUCAGAGGUCAGCUGUGCUUCACUGGCCUCCACUCUGAAGUCCAACCCCUCCCAUCUGAUAGUGCUGCACCUUAGUUACAAUAUAAAGCUACUGGAUUCAGGAGUGAAGCUUCUGUCUGACUUCCUGCAGAAUCCCAACUGCAGACUGCAGACUCUGAAGUGAGACUUUCUUCUUUAUUUUGCUGAUUAAUCAAAAUGUAUGUUAUAUUCAUCAUUUUUAGUUAGAAUACCUCUGAUUUUCAAGAAAAACCCACAGGAGUCUCAACUAAAAUUACAGCAUGCUAGUGGAGAAUAGAGUACUUUUUUAAUGUAAUGAUUUUGAUCAAAUUGUAUCCUUUUGAUGUGGGCUUUUAAUUUGUGACCAUUUAUAGUAUCAAAUCUUUCCUCUUUUCUCAUUCACAAUGGGCAUUUAAAAAUUCCAUAUAAGCAAUGCCCUUUUUUCUUACUGUUUUCACACUCAAAGGUGACCUUUCAUUGAUUCAGUUGUACACUAUGUUAUGAAAACGAAGUCUCUCUUUUCUAAGAAGUGGAGGAAGCGCUGAGUGCAUAACGUUAAAAUUCUAAAUGAUCAUUAUUUAUUUUGUUGUCAGACUGAGAAGAUGCUCUUUGACAGAGAUCAGCUGUGCCUCUUUGGCCUCAGCUCUGAAGUCCAACCCUUCCCAUCUCAGAGAGCUGGACCUGGGAAAAAACAAGCUACAGGAUUCAGGAGUGAAACUACUGUGUGAUUAUCUGCAGAGUCCAAACUGCAGAAUGAAGAUUCUGAGGUUGGAUAUUAUUAUUAUUACUUUCUCUCUGAUUUACAUAAAAUGUAGUCUCUAUUUCAGUGCAGAUUUCUAUGACUAGGAAUAAGGCCUCUGUUGAAACACCACAAGAUUAGAAGAAGAACUCCCCAGUGGACUUUAUGAAAUAACAGCAUAGUGAUAAAUAAGGGAUGUUUGUUUAGAGUUGGAUGUUUCUCAGCUUGCAUCCAGCUUCACUCAUGUAUUUAUUUUCAUUACAUGUUCUUUAUCAUAAGAUAGCUAUGUAUCAUACAUUAUGACCUUAAAAAAUCUAUAAGGGAUCAUGGUUUCACAAAUAAUUAAAACAUUUAUUUUAUUUCCAGUCUACAUGGCUGCAGUUUGUCAGAGACCAGCUGUGCUUCCCUGGCCUCAGCUGUGAAAUCCAACCCCUCCCAUCUGGAAGAGCUGGACUUGAGUAACAAUGGGCUGGAAAACUCAGGAGCAGAAAUACUGUGUGAUCUUGUUGAUAGUGUAUUCUGCAGCCUGGAGACGCUGAAGAAAAUGAAAAAUUUUCGAGAGUUGUGGUUAUGA